AUGUCGGUUACCUGGGGAAGUCGCAAGAACGAAGGCCCACACCAGUCUGGUCCCUUGUGGUUACCGGAGAUUAGGCGCCGAGCGACCCGUAACUCGCCGGUCAAAGCAGCUUUCUCCAAGGCCCGCACUACGGGACAGGUGGACAGCGGACAACCAUGCGCCACUACUCUCCUGCCUCCACGUUCAAGCGAGGUCCACGCGGGAAACUCAAUCCGUCCAUUUCGUGUUGACUGGGCUGGAAGCUGGAGUGGAACUAGGGCGGAUUUUGUCGCUCCGUCAGACGGCCUCAAGAACUCCGUCCGUUCCACUGCUCACGCACGUGGACUUGCCGGCUUGUAA